AUGUAAGAUAAUUAUGUAAAGUUGAAGAGCAAAUUCACAUUAAUUCAAUCUAUUAAUGUAUCCUCUAGACCAUAUCAAAUUACUAUGAAUUUUGAUUGUUCUACUAUACUUGUUUUCACAAUCAAUUCAAUGCUUCAACAUUUUUAGAGUAAUAAAAAUGAUUGGAAUCUUAUAUUAUCCUAAAAAUUGAAUGAUUAAUUCCUAUCAGUAUAAGUAAAUUAAAAAGGAACAAUUUUAGCUGUGAUUUCAAGAAAUUUUGGAUAUUUUUGGAUUGAGUACCUCAUUUUCCAUAAAAGAAAAUGGAUAUUUAAGAAUAAAUUUAAAUUGAAAUAAGAUCCAGAUCCAUAUUUAUCCAUACAUGAUUUUAAUAUAUCACAAAAUCUCUAAUUUUGCACAUACUAAUUUUAAUGGAAUAGAAAAUACUAAAGGAUUAAUGCAUUUUCUAUAACUAAUUUUUUCAAAAGAAUUUAAAGAUUAAAAAUUAGAGGAUCAGAAAUAAUAUUCUCUAAAAAUGGUAAUUUUUUUGUGGUUCAAAGUCUAGAAAAAAUGGAAUUAAAAAUAUUUUAUAAUUUUCAGUUUGAUUACUUACUUUUUUAAUCUUAAUCUAUGAUCAAUAGUUAUAUUAUUGAAUCAAAUUCUACUAUAUUAAUUCAUACAAAGGAAUUAGUUUAAUGGAAUUUCAAAAUAAAUUAAAUAACUAAGAUUAAGACUCCAAAUGAUAUUUUUUAGUAGAAUUAAUCAAGGUUGAUGAGAUUUGUUGGAAAUUUUUUGUUAGUUUAAUUUAAUAAUGAAAUAAUAGUUUUUGAAUAAUUAUAAUAAAAAUUGAAAUAUUUUACAACUUAUUCUUUUAAAGGAGGAUAGAUAAUUCAAUUUUCUUUUGAUAGAUAAAUAAUGAUUGAGCAGAUAAACAAUAAAUAGUUUAAUAUUUUAUAAAUUUGA